AAAAAAUUUAAAAAAAUUAUAAUAAUAAAAUGAAAUGAGUUGAGAUAGUUUCUCAAUCCAAACAAGUUGUUAAAGGUCCCUCAUUUUUUUCCCCUCGUUGUUGUUAUAUACUAGUUCCUGUUGUAAAUACGAAAUAUAGAACGGGAUCCCUGCUUCUGUGGUCUGUCCACCGUGCCUGUGUCCGAAGUCUUGAAAAACCAUGGGGUUAUCAGCUAUUGUGCACUUUAAUUCAAUUCAUGCCCUUUUUGAGCUCUUUAAUCAACUGCUUAACAUAUGAUGAUUGCAAGAUUAAUGAUAUUUGUCCCUAUCAAGCGAAAAGCUUUAUAGAAUCUAACAUGUUUCCGUGAUUGGCUUUUAAGUGGUUUUUUUCCAGUUCAUUGUUAUAUCUUUACUACUUUUUCUUGCGAUCCUGCAGGCCAAGCUCGCUGAAAGCUCUUGAUGUACAGCAGAACAAAAUGGCUGCUGGUGAGGGCCCCAUCAAUGUUCAUGAUCACGGUACAGCUCUUGAUAAGAAACACUUUAGAGUCCAAUGUAAUUAUUGUGGUAAAGUGGUCAGCACUUUCUUCCGUUUGAAGUGCCACUUAGGAGGUAUACGAGGUGAUGUUACCCCUUGUGAAAAUGCUCCUCAAAACGUGAAGGAAUUGUUUAACAAAAGUUUACUUGAAAGGAAAACAGAGAGUUUUUGCAAGGAAGUUGGGGAUCCCCAUCACCCAAAUCUUCCUCGGAAGAGGAGUUGUUGUCCUAACUGGAACAGUGACCAGCAUAGUAGAGAUGAGACCACUCAAAAUGGUGGUUCUUGUUUUGCGAGGCAUGUUGACAUGGACUCUGCCCCGGAAGACAAUCUGACAGACGGUGCUACUUUUUCCAAUGGUGGUAUAGGUUUCCAACGAGCCGUAAGUUGUGAAACAAUAAAAGAUGCAUUAUCAAUGCAAGCCCAAAAAAGCAUUGCCAAAUUCUUCUAUGAAACGGGUGUAGAUUUCAGUGCUGCUAAUUCUGCUAGCUUUAAAAGAAUGAUAAAUGCGACACUAGGUCAUGGUCAGACAGAGUAUGACGUCCCUAGUUGUCAGGAACUAAAAGGCUGGAUACUUCAAGAUGAGGUGAAGGAGAUACAAGAGUAUGUGAAGAAGAUUAGGCAUUCAUGGGCAAGCACAGGGUGUAGCAUACUGUUAGAUGCAUGGGUUGAUGAAAAGGGCAGACAUCUGGUUAAUUUUUUGGUGGAUUGCCCUCAGGGUGCUGUUUAUCUUCGAUCAUCUGACGUUACAUCUUUCAUUGGUGAUGUUGAUACCUUACAGUCGGUGUUGGAUGGAGUUAUUAAGGAGAUUGGAGUUGACAAUGUAGUUCAAGUGGUGGCUUGUUCCACAAAGGGUUGGGUCGGAGAUGUGGGCAAACAAUUCAUGGAUAAGUACAAGAGAGUUGUCUGGACCGUGAGCGCAUCUCAUUGCAUUGAGCUUAUGCUAGAGAAGAUUGGGAUGAUUGAGUCUAUCAGAGGGAUAAUAACUAAAGCCAAGACCAUUACGAAGUUUAUUUAUGGCCAUGAAACUCUUUUGAAUCUUUUGAAGAAAUAUACUCUUGGCCAUGACAUAAUCAAGCCCUCCAAAACAAGACCAGCAAUGCCCUUUCUGACUCUAGAGAAUAUUGUAUCCGAAAAGCAGCAUUUAAAGGAUAUGUUUGCCUCAUCAGAUUGGAAGACAUCAUUUUGGGCUUCUAGAAUAGAGGGAAAGAGGGUAGCCGAUUUGGUGGGAGACCAUACUUUCUGGAAUGGAGUUGAGAUUGCCUUGAAGGCAACAAUUCCACUGGUGCGUGUUUUAUGCUUGAUCAAUCAGGCUGAUAAGCCACAAGUCGGGUACAUAUAUGAAACAAUGGAUCAAGUAAAAGAGGCAAUUAAAGAGGAAUUUAAAAAGAAGAAAUCCCAGUACUUGCCUUUUUGGCAAGUGAUUGACGAGAUUUGGGACACCCAUCUCCAUAGCCCUAUCCAUGCUGCAGGGUAUUAUUUAAACCCAUGUCUCUUUUAUUCAAGUGAUUUCUAUGGUGAUGCCGAGGUUGCCUUUGGCCUUUUGAGCUCAAUUGUCCGCUUGGUACGUGAUCAAAGAAGUCAAGAUUUGAUCUCCCGACAUCUUGAGGAGUACAGACAUGCUAGAGGUGGUUUUGAAGGGGGGAGUGCCCUUGACCAAAGAACCAACAUCCCUCCAGCCCUUUGGUGGUCUCAUUAUGGAAGACAAUAUCCUGAGCUGCAGAGAUUUGCCAUUCGAAUUUUGAGCCAGAACUGUGAUGGUGCUUCAAGAUACGUACUCAAAAGGAGUUUGGCUGAGAAGCUGCUCACAACUGGAAGGAAUCCAAUUGAGCAACAACGAUUGAAUGAUCUGACAUUUGUGCAUUACAAUUUGCAACUGCAGCUUCAGUCAGGCACGAGGCGUGACAUUGUUGCUCAAGAGAUUGACCCAAUGGAUGAUUGGAUCGUUGAUGAAGCACUGACUGUAGACCACAUAGCAACAGAGGUUGCCCAGGAUUAGAGCCAUGACUUUCGAUGCAUGUUUUAGAAUCAAUGUUGGCAUAAAUUACAUGACAGUUUUGUCUCCUUCAUGUGUAUAUUUGAGUUGUAGUUUCGUUCAUGUGCAUUCAAAUGUACUCAUCUUUUUGAACUUACAGCCAUACAAGUUUACAAGAGAUAUUUGGACC